AACAGAAUCGAUAUCGAUUUAUUGAAUAGUACACAUACAAACAAUAGAUUGUGUUUAAUAUGUGUUAAUGUAACCAAAUAAUUGUAUAAUAUCAUAUAAACAGCCUCAGAAAACUAUGGAAUCCAUACAAUGAGUAACGAACGGUCUCAGUGGCGCGCGAAUAAACUAAAAUGAGUAAACUCGGCUGUCUUCGUGUCUUUACGUCCUCAUUAACAUUCCAGCCUUGUCCGUGAGGCUGAAACGAGCUUCAGUGAGCGACGGAAGGACGUGCAGUGCUCCAGAGUGUGAGCGAAGGUACCGAUUCAGAGGGACGUCUUCGCGGCGGAGAAACAAAAAAACAACAUUACAGUUCUUUCGCUGUUGGAAUAGGAGUUAUGAUCCUAGCGUAAUAUAAUCGUCAGCAGAACACAACAGAGCUGAUUCUCGUCGGGUUGUUCACCACCAACAUGAACAGGAUCUAAAAACCGACUGCUGUUGUUAAAACGAGGGAUUUCUUCGUUGGAUGUGGUUCUAUGGAAAUUGAAAAGAUCAUGAAUACGCCAGUCUUCCUUCUUCCUUUUUUCUUGGGGCUGGCGGUUGGUGGCUCUCCCGGUGUACAAAUAGGGGGCUUGUUUCCGAGAGGCGCUGAUCAGGAAUACAGUGCAUUCCGAAUAGGAAUGGUCCAAUUCGGCACGUCCGAGUUCAGACUGACGCCACAUAUUGACAAUCUGGAAGUAGCAAACAGUUUUGCCGUCACCAAUUGUUUCUGUUCCCAGUUUUCAAGAGGAGUCUAUGCUAUUUUUGGAUUUUACGAUAAGAAAUCUGUCAAUACGAUAACAUCUUUUUGUGGAACUCUUCACGUAUCUUUUAUAACACCAAGCUUUCCUGUGGAUGGAGCCCAUCAGUUCAUCUUACAGAUGAGACCAGACAUCAAAGGACCCCUCCUUAGUUUGAUUGAGUAUUACAAGUGGGACAAGUUUGCCUAUCUGUAUGACAGUGACAGAGGUUUGUCCACUCUUCAGGUUGUCCUGGAUACGGCUGCAGAGAGGAAGUGGCAGGUGACCGCCAUCAACGUUGGAAACCUGAAAGAUGAAAAGAAGGAUGAAGCAUAUCGCUCCCUCUUUCAAGACCUGGAGAAUAAGAAAGAGAGGAGGGUUAUUUUAGACUGCGAGCAGGAGAAAGUGAAAGACAUCAUGGAGCAGGUCAUCACAAUUGGCAGACAUGUGAAAGGAUAUCACUACAUCAUUGCAAACCUGGGCUUUGUGGAUGGGGAUUUAUCAAAAAUUCAGUAUGGGGGAGCAAACGUGUCCGGAUUUCAGAUCGUAGAUUUCGACGAUCCCCUGGUGUCCAAGUUCGACCAACGGUGGGAGGCCUUAGAGGAGAAGGAGUACCCGGGGGCUGACAGUAAAAUCAGGUACACUUCCGCGCUGACCUACGACGCCGUGCAGGUGAUGACCGAGGCGUUCCGCUACCUGCACAAGCAGAAGAUCGACAUCACCCGGAGGGGCAACAACGGUGACUGCCUGGCCAACCCAGCGGUGCCCUGGGCGCAGGGAGUGGAGAUCGAGCGAGCGCUAAAGCAGGUCCGGGUAGAAGGUCUAACAGGGAACAUCCAGUUUGAUCAACAUGGCAAAAGGGUCAACUACACUGUCAAUGUCAUGGAGCUGAAAAACAGUGGCCCUGUCAAGAUUGGAUAUUGGAAUGAAGUUGACAAAAUGGCAGUAACAAAGGCAGACAUUUUUCCAAAUGAAUCACUGGGGAUGGAAAAUAAGACUGUGAUUGUGACAACAAUAUUGGAAGCCCCGUAUGUAAUGCUGAAGAAGAAUGCUGACCUCUUUGUAGACAAUGAUAGGUAUGAGGGAUACUGUGUGGAUUUGGCAGCAGAGAUAGCCAAGCACUGUGGCUUCAAAUACCAGCUGAAGAUAGUGAGUGAUGGGAAAUAUGGAGCCAGAGAUGCAGAGACAAAAAUCUGGAAUGGAAUGGUCGGAGAAUUAGUGUACGGGAAAGCAGAUAUAGCAGUCGCUCCAUUAACUAUUACGCUGGUACGAGAAGAGGUGAUUGACUUCUCGAAACCGUUCAUGAGUCUGGGGAUUUCCAUCAUGAUUAAAAAGCCCCAGAAAUCUAAACCGGGGGUGUUCUCCUUCCUGGAUCCCCUGGCAUAUGAGAUCUGGAUGUGCAUCGUGUUUGCCUACAUCGGGGUCAGUGUGGUUCUAUUCCUAGUCAGUCGGUUCAGCCCGUACGAGUGGCACACGGAGGAGUACGAAGACGGACAGAUACAAACGAACGAGUCGACAAAUGAGUUUGGGAUAUUUAAUAGUCUCUGGUUUUCCCUGGGUGCCUUUAUGCAGCAAGGAUGCGAUAUUUCGCCAAGAUCCCUCUCUGGCCGCAUUGUUGGCGGGGUGUGGUGGUUUUUUACCCUGAUCAUAAUAUCAUCCUACACGGCUAACUUAGCUGCCUUCCUGACUGUCGAGAGGAUGGUAUCGCCCAUUGAGAGUGCCGAGGACUUGGCCAAGCAAACUGAAAUUGCUUACGGAACUCUGGACUCAGGUUCGACUAAGGAGUUUUUCAGGCGAUCGAAAAUUGCACUUUUCGAUAAAAUGUGGACCUACAUGAAAAGCGCGGAGCCCUCCGUGUUCGUAAAAAGGACGGCAGAGGGCGUGGUCCGGGUGCGGAAGUCGAAGGGGAAAUAUGCCUACCUGCUGGAGUCCACCAUGAACGAGUACAUCGAGCAGCGGAAGCCCUGUGACACCAUGAAGGUCGGAGGGAACCUGGACUCCAAGGGCUACGGGAUCGCCACGCCGAAAGGGUCCUCAUUAAGAAAUGCGGUUAACCUCGCAGUACUAAAACUGAAUGAGCAAGGCCUGUUGGACAAAUUGAAAAACAAAUGGUGGUACGACAAAGGAGAGUGCGGCAGCGGGGGAGGUGAUUCCAAGGAGAAGACCAGCGCCCUCAGUUUGAGCAACGUUGCCGGAGUCUUCUAUAUUCUCGUGGGCGGACUUGGUUUGGCCAUGCUGGUGGCUUUGAUUGAGUUCUGUUACAAGUCCCGAGCCGAGGCAAAAAGAAUGAAGGUGGCAAAGAAUGCACAGAAUAUUAACCCAACUUCCUCGCAGAAUUCACAGAAUUUUGCAACUUAUAAGGAAGGUUACAACAUGACCUUCGGCGAUGCCAUGAGGAGUAAAGCUAGGCUAUCGAUAACGGGGAGCACUGGGGAGAACGGCCGUGUGAUGACUCCAGAAUUUCCAAACACAGUGCAUGCUGUACCUUACGUGAGGCCGGGAAUGGGGAUGAACGUCAGUAUGACUGAUCUCUCUUGAUUGAUAAGAACCUUUCGAGUGCCUUACAAAGUGGUUUUGGAACGUGCAUUCAAUUUUUUCUUUCGUUUUAUGUUUUUCUGGAUGAGUUGGUUUUUUUGGGAUGGGGUGGGGAGGUAGGUCCAGUAUCGUCAACACAUUCCCCUGAAGGCUCUCUUUGAAAAACACCCCCCCCCCCCUCCUUAUGGAAGAAUGUGUGGAAAUACGGCAAGCUGGUGACACCUGUCUAUUUCGAUCCACUCUACUGCUUUUGAGACAAGGCUGGACUGACACGCACCACUGUUGUUGGAAGUCUGGUCAUCAGAAUAUCUUUAUUGAUUGCAGCACAUCUGUUUAUAUCACUCACCUCUGUGAAACAGUGGAUUCAUAAAUUCGGGAUCCGUACCAAUCUUAAGCACACACUUGAAUUUGUCUGCAUCGAAAAAAUGUGAAGUUUUCCUAAGAAAAUUCAAUAAAAUAUAUGAAAAAAAAUAUUUUUAUGUAUUUUCACAAAAUGGCUUUUCUGUAAAUCCGCUGCCGUACUGGUUGAAAACACACUAAUUUACAAGGAUGUAAAAAUGUUAUUUAGGCUGCCAAUUCCAUAGUUUUCAAGGCCAAAUAUGUUCAUGUAAACAGAGGUAUAACGUUGAAAUUGUGUAAUUUAAUUGUUAUAAAAUUUCUUGUACAACUUUUUCUUUAACAUUUGAUGUUGGUAUUAAAAUAUUUGGCAAUGCUUCAAUUAAAAUUUUCUUAGGAUUUUAUUUGUAAACAUGAAAAUACUUUCACUUGUUUAUCUGUUAUAUUUUUUUCUUUUCAAAUUUUUGGGGAAAAUUGUCGCUUUCAAUUUUCCAGUGAUGGAUCAGGGUAGCAGUUUUAUAGAUUCUGACAAACAAAAGGCAGUUUACACAUCAUGAAUGCAAGAAUCCAACUGGUAUUAUUGCAUAGAUUUUGGUACUAAAUAGAGCAUAUAAUUAACAAGUUUUUUGCCAAAUACUGAACUGUGCCAAAUUUAGAGCCAAUAGGACUUCCUCUAGUUCAAUUAAAUCAGUCACUGUCAUCAAAGUUAAUGUGGUGGAUACAUUCUGUAACUUUGUAAGUAUAUGUACAGUUCGAUGGCCUACACAGUGAUUUGCAAAAGAAGGUUUGUUUUAUUACAUUGUCUUAUUUUUACACGUUAAAUUUACAGAUAUGUGAUUGAACAUCAGAAGCAUGUUGUUCCAACACGUUGUCCAACAUGAGGCUACUGACCCCUAUACAUAUGUAUAACGUCCACAAUUAAAUGAUAUGGCUCAGUAUAAAAGACAAGAUAUGCAUACAUCAAUAUGUAUGGUAUUUACAGUUUUCACAACUUCUUUUCUCUAAAGUGUUAUACAAUAAGUGUUAAUGGUUCCAUGUAGAGUUUAACAACAUAUCUGACCAAUAUUGUCAGUUUUAUUGAUAGGAUAAUCUGUAUAGAACAAAGCAGAAGUACCUAAUCAGCAAAUGAAAUGCCUGUAUAUUUUUAGAUAUUCCUAAAGUAUUAUAGAUUAAAAACAUUCCCUUGUUAUCUUUCAAAGGAGCUUUGAAUAACAUUUAGGAUGAACGCAUUGGAUUACAAGACACACACAGCUCAGUUCAAGAAGUUUUGUUUCUGGUUACAGUUUGAAUCUUUCUUUUACUUUUGAAAACUCUUAAAUUUUCUAUUAAACAAGCAAAAAAUGUGUUAAUAAACCUCCACAGACAUAAGCAUAAGUGGAGGCACAAGUGUUUUAGCUGCAUCACUUUAGCUUUUUGUUGUUAUAUAUAUUAAGGUGGACUGUAUGUUAUCUAAUUGACGUCAUUACCUUUCUGAGCGACUCUGACAUUUUGUAAAUGGAAUGUGUGCUAACUGCUUUAUUUUUUGGGACUCUUUUAAAUAAAAAGUGACUAAACUCUUGUUAAA